CCCACUGUCGACAAAGGUAAAACAACAAACCACGAUGCCUCGAGACUCAUCCGUGGUUUGUGUCAGACAGUAACCAGGCAACGGGACUCCAGUAAACAGGCAGUUUGGGCGGCGAGUGUCGCUCCUUCAUUUCGUCGGAUCGUGUCUAUCUUCAGUAUGCCCAUAGUGGGGGAAAGUUACGUUCGGUUUUAAGAUACACAACCUCAUUGGGAAAGCACUUGCGGAAUCAUUUCAGAGCAGAGUUAAGUACUGAAGGUGAGCAAAUAAAUGAGUGCUUCGUUCUUUACAAAUGCACGUUAAUAUCACGGUUCACCCCGCCUUUCUUGGAAAUAAAGAACAAAAAAAUAACUGGAUGAAGAUGCUCAUUGCAAAUCCGUACUGAUACUAGGUGUCAAUGCCAUUAUUUGAGAAGGUGCAGUCACGGAGCUAAAAAAGUCGUUAUUGCUAAUGUAUAAAAGUGUACUGGGAGAUGGCAGCAUGGAUUGCAGAACACCUGAAGCAUCUGGCAAACAGGACUGUAGGCAGGACUGUAGGCAAUGGGAGACAGCAAGUCAGAAAGAAAAGAGGCUUUCAGCACUACCUUCCAUACUCAAAAAAUUAGACAACAGCAGCAUUCCAAGUGGAAGAACUGAACAAGGGGCCUCUCCUGUGUUUAGUGUUCACUGGAAAACUGGAGAGAAAUCUACUGUUCUGUGUCAUCCCAGCACAGCAUGUUCAAUAUACACUGUUAUUUCCUCCAAGAAAAAGUUCCCAAUAAUCAAGGUGAACCCAGUAAAGAAGCAAGAAAACAUUCAUCUGUUUAAGUACAUGAUAAGGUCUAAGAGGCAAGCAAUAGCUGCUUGUGAAAAACAGAUUACCCUUCUUAUGAAUGUGAAUGGGAAACUGAUGCAAGAGAUAAAAGAAAUGGAUUCAUCUGCUUUGAAGAAUGCUAGAAAUCUGUUGGAACAGUAUGGUAAAUAUGGGAAAGCAAUCUGUAAAGUAAGUAACUGGGGACAACACCAGACUGAUGAAGCCAAAAAUGAACUGCAGAAUACCCAGACAAUGGUAGAAAAAGAGCUGAAAGUACUAGAGAAACAGUUGAUGGAAAUAAACACAAAAGUAGAUAAAGCCAAGGAAGAGGCCCAUAGUCUCAGGGUGUACAAGGACACAGAGUACCCAAUAAAAGCGCUAAGAAUCUCAGAGCUGCAGCGAGAAACACUGAAGCUCAAUGAAAUGCAACAGGAUGAACAGGAAGAUGUUGAGCAGCUUGUACAAGCAGAAAUGAAAAAACAAAUAGACAUAUUUCAAUUAAAAGAAGCAGAUAUGUUGGAUCAGAUAGUAAAUGAAAUCAUGAAUUUUUUCCCUCCAGGGCUGAAAGAGAUGUCCUUUCAAAAUGCAGUAAUGAAGAAAGAAAUAGAAAUUCACCAAAAGACUACAGUAGAAUUAGAAAAAAGAAAUGCUGAACUACAAGGCAAAGUUUCCAGUCUAACCAGAAUGAUCAAAGAAACAAGAAGAGCAGCAUUUUGUGAUGUUCUACAAGAACAGUCCAAAUGCAGCCCAGAUAUGGAUGUUAUUUUAAAUAUCCCAGUGGAAGAAUGGCUUCCAAUUUAGCAUCACAGUUUCCAGCCCUGCAUGACACAGACUUUUCAACCAAGUACCAACCUCUCUGAAGGUUAUAUCAGUGCAUAUUUAUUUUUAUUCUGCAAGUAAGAAAAAUGUUCCCAUUCUCCAGACACCACAGAAGGUUCCUGUUAUUCCAGGAAUUUUACUGGCUUUUCAUGAAAGCUUUGGGUGCAUCUACAAAGACUACUCCAUCUCAGAGAAGUAACUUUGCUGCAUUCCAGUUUGGAUUUCAUAACUAGGGUGUUUCUGUGUUCUGCCAUUUUUUAAUUUCACACUUAUUUUUACAAAACCUUUUCCCACCCAGGAAUUAAAGAAUUAAAACCCUA